CGACUCCACGAUUAAUUAAGGAUUAAUUAACAGCGUUGCACGCGCGCGCGGGUGACGCGACGGGAAACGGUUUCUGCUUGCAGCUGGCCGCACGCAGUACGGGGUGUCCCCUUUAAGGAUCGAUACCAUUGCCUAUAGAGACUCCGUUGGUUGCAGCCGGCCGGGAUCGCGGAAGGUUCGACGACGUGGCUGUGAACGCAAACGCCGCUACGACGGCUUGAUUUUCAGUGCAAGUCGAGAAAGAGAACGGAACGAGAGUGAGAGAGAGAGAGAGAGAGAGAGAGAGACAGAGUGAGUGAGAAGGGAGCAGAGGAGAGAGGGUGAAUAGAUGGGCGACCACCACCAUCAACCACCCCCGUCUCCGCCUCUCAACCAAGAGACUCCGGGAGCUUUAUUAUCGUCGGUCUCUGAACCCGGUUUCGCACCGACGUAACGCCAACGCCUCUCUCUCUCUCUCUCUCUCUCUCUCGCUUCGUAUGAGUUUGUAGCUCCUUCCAUUCGAUUCGAUUCGACUUAUUGGACGUGCGCGGAAACGCGUCGGAUUUUCAGCCGCGUUUCUUUCUAUUGGUAAAACACGACGCGGUGCAUAACGCCUUCGAUCGAAGCGUUCGCCUUUGUUAUCCGACAGCACUUCUCCGCUUUCCCAGAGAGAGUUCGAAUUCUUCGGAGUCGUGUAACGGGCGAGUUUGCUCGGCGACGUCGCGUGGAGAGAUGACUUCCGCUCGCACGUGCUACUGCAAACAAGAGGGAUGUGUGCUUCGCGAGGUAGAUAACGAUACCGGAGUGCGUAGCGAGAAUCGUCGUCCGAUCGCAACCGUCGCGUCCAAAAAAUCGACCGUCAAGCCCAGCAGCAGCGCAAGAUCUUCCGAAAGAGCGAGGAGCAUUGUCGUCGGCGAGAGAAAGCCUGACGCAAGUGGAUCGAUCGAAGCGCGAGCUUGCGAUCCGGUCUUGAGUCCCGAGACAUCGACCGCGCUCGAGAACGCCGAGAGGAUCAUCAAUGACGCCAAGAUACAACUCGCGGAGGUUCGUGUAGUCUCCAGCUUCGAUUCUGCGCGGCGUGACAGAGACAGGGACGUGGAUGAUCCACCGUUGGAUGACGACGUCGAGGAGCUGCUGUACAUCCGCGAGUUGGUCGCCUCCAAGUUUCAAGAGACGGGCUAUCCCGAGAGACCCGAAGCGACGACCGACGAGGAAAACGCGCGAAGAGUCACCUCACGGAGAGUCGAUUUGUCGGCUCCUAAAUUUCGAACGUUGCAGCGCCUACGUGCCACCUCUCGCGCGUCCCUCGAGCGCGGAACAGACGAGCAGCGGUCACGAGGACGUGCAUCGCUUUCGGGAGCAUCGAAGGUUUCGUCGUCGAAGGACGACGAGGAGGCGACGGCGCACGACUGUCAGACAACUUGCAAUGGUCAACGAGUGUCGUCAGCGACCCGAUUCGGGCUUAUUCGUGCAGAUGAUGGCGGCGCGUGCAGAAUCCAGAUAGGACCGACGGUGCACGUCAGCCGGGAACUCACGAGACAGGACCUGGAGGACGUGCACAUAUCGCCGGGACCGUCGCCGGCUCGCAAACGCGUGAACGCAGCCGUUUACGUUCUACGUCACGAAAGCAACGCUGAAGGAAGUCAAGCGGCUGCGGACAACAGGAGAAACGAACCGUCGAGAGUGCGACGUCGCGCGAGAUUAGGCACAUCUUCGAGGGAGAAACGUGAGAGAUUGAUUGUGACGGAAACUGUAGUCGAAACGGCGAGUGCUUCGAGAAAGCUGGGAGAGGAUAUUCGAGUCGUUGUAGACGACAAGGAUUCUGAUUACGAGCAGAGAAACGAGUUCGCUGAGGCGUCUACAUCGCCGGCUCAAAAUAGCGUUCACGAGGAAGAGAGGAGGGCCGAAGAGGUCUGUUUGCAAGACGCUGAAAAUGCGAAAACACUUAAAAGCCCGGAAAGCUUAACAGACGAAGAAAAAGAAACGAGUGAUAAAGUUCCAGUUGAAAGUCCAGAGCCUGUUAAUGUACUCCAGGUUGAAGUGAGCUCCGGUAAUAAUGCAGAGCACCAUUGUACGGGAAAAUCGACGGGAGAAAUAUUCAGUAAAAAGAACGGCGUCGACAGUCCGGCUCGGCCGCAAAACGAAGAGAAUGUCGUCGAUAAAAUCCCAGCGAAAAACCGAGACGAUCAAUCAAGGCCGCCGCUCGCCUCGGUUGACGUUUCAAGGCAAACGAGUUUUCUCCGGCGUGAAAAUAUCGCCCGGCUCUGCCGAACGACAACGAGUCUGAAACAAUAUCGAACGAUUGAUGAGUAUCUUUCGAACACGUUCAACAGUCACGGCGGGCCGGAUGAACCGUGCGACGUCGCCGAGGAGAUACGUCGCUCACAUUUGUCUUCGGAUGACUUUCAAGCAAAGGACGACGCGAACGAGAUUGAGCUGUAUCGGCCGCGUUUCGACGAAUUAGACUCGAUCAUUCUGUCCAACGAGAAGAAAAUCGAGCGUGCCAUUCGCGUUGCUCAGACUUUCUCGGAGCUAUUGUCAAAGCCUCAGUUCACGAGAUACAAGCUUGAGGAAGGAGGACGAGAGUCGCGACACGUGGGUUGCCAGAAACCGUCGAUUGUCGAAUCGCCGGCCGAUCGAGAUCACAAGUUGGCCAAGUUGACGAGUUCGCCCGUCAACUCUUUUGACACUACCCCGAAGAACCAGGUUCUGAGCGCCUCGAGCACGUCAGAGACGCGCUCAGUUUCCGGUGUAGGAUCCCAAAAGACCUUCGCGGCCGCAACGACGACGAGAUCGUCAAGCUUCGCGAGGAGAGACGUUCUUCGUCGCGACGAUCGUUCGGGCAACUCCCCAGGUUCAACAGACCGACGUACGCCAACCAUAAGCGACGGUUCUAGGAUGUCUAGGAAUGCCGAGGACGAAAGUCAACGGCCGAAGAGAAAGGCGCGCUUAUUGGAGUCGUCGAUAGACAAGUCGGACGUCACGACGUUCUCCAACUUACUUCCUGCAUUGUCCAGCACGCAUUGUACCGACACGCAGACGAAUCAUCCUCAGCAGGAGCAGAUCGAGAUCGCUCAGGCUCAGCGAAGCACCUCCGAGGACCGCUAUGCGGUCGCGAAUCGUUCCGAGAAUCCCGCGAAUAAAAUCGCGGAUCAACAAAUGAACGAGAGGCACAACAUCAACGACGUCUUCGUGCGGAUUCUCCGAGGUCUUCAGGACGAAACUACGGAUCGGUUCGUCGCUUAUAUCUUGCAGGAUGAGAAACACAGUAUCGAAGGUAAAAUCGCGAAAGCCUUAAACGUAUCCGCGAUCACGCCCACGAUGGUGGAGAAGCUUCUCGUUCUUCUGCAGGAAGCUGACCCGGUCAGCGACGGAGCGACGCGUCGUACAGAGACUUCGAAUGUUCUGAAGGAUAUCCUGAUUAGUGUUAAGAAUCGAACCAAUGAAGUCGUCGAAGACGAUGAAGAUGGCGAAGUUGCGAAGGAAGACAUGUCGAAGACAUCUUCGCGCUCAGAGUUGUUAAAGAGGAUCUCCGACAUCCUCAGCGAUGAGGCGGCGAAUUCUAAAGAGAAUUCUCGUCUUUCGUCCGCGAGGACCAUAUCCACGAGGUCUCAAGUAAAUCAUGAGACCAAAGCCGAUGGUCCCGACACGUUGAGCACGAUUCAGGAUAAAGAAAGUAAUACAAAUGAUGAAAGGCGCAAAUUUAAGUUUGAUGAAGUGAGGGAUGACAAGGCGGAGAAUCCUAAAGAGAAUUCUCGUCUUUCGUCCGCGAGGACCAUAUCCAUGAAGUCUCAAACAAAUCAUGAUACGAAAGCGGAUGAUCCCGACACGUUGAGCGCGAUUCAGAAUAAAGAAAGUGAUACGAAUGAUGAAGAGUGCAAAUUCAAGUCUGAUGAAGCGAGGGAUGACAAGGACCCUGUUCUUAGCGAUCAAGUUACGAAAGGAAGUGUUGCACAAGCGACUCCAGAUCGGGCGAGCGAAGCACUUUUGAAUGUUCCAAGUGACAUACUUGUCACUGUAAAGGAAAAAGGAAACAAGGAAAAAGAUGAAAAGAAGAGUACAGCCGAGGAAAUAACGAACGAUAGCACCUCCUUGAAGACUAAGAAGAUAUCAACUCCAAUCUCGGAUGCUUCAGUGAAAAAGGACGAACAAACGCGAUCGGGCAUGGAUAGAUCGAGGAUUGUCGACGAGACCUUGGCGAAGAAGGAUCUCGCACGCUCGUUGAUCGAGCCUCCGUGUCCACUGAGCGAAAAGGACAUCGAUAAUUCUCGAGCGAGACCCGUAGUCGUGGAGAACGACAGGAUCAGCCCCGCGAAUUCGUGCUCGGCUGAUUCUCUGCGAGACUGCAUCUCGUUGCGCUCGUUGUCGAGCGCGCAGAGCAACGAGUCGCCCUCAAAGGAGACUCAGUUGCGCGGUAAAAGGACCUCUUUGGACGCCGUGACCGAGGACAAUUCGACGGAGACAAGCAACAAGGUCGUCGACGUUCGUGGCGAGCCAGUGACAAACGGGACGGUGAAAAAUCUCCAGAACAGAAAUGAAGAUUCGACACUUCCGGGGAGCGCGAGGGACGGCAGUAAUAAGGAGCAAUUUUUUGAAAGGAAGCCGAUUGCCUCGAUAUCACUGAAAAGCCUAUCCAGCUCUGGCUCGAAUACCAGCAGUACAAUAUUGAAUCACAAUAGCGAGUCCAACAACGGGACGUUUAGCGACAAUACAAAAAGACUUGCGAUCUCUUCCGAAAUGUCUCAUUCUGAGGGUGAAUUGUACAUGCCGAGUUCAUGUUCCUAUUCUCUUGGGGAAGUGAGGAUCUUAGAAAAAGACGAUUUAAUCGCGGACAGCACAAUUGAACACGAUAGUAGCGUAACGAUUCUCGUUACUAGGAGUAUGUUAACAUCUUUAAAUGAUUCUUCGACUACACCGGAAAGUAUCGCACAUAUUUUAAUAUAAUUCGCAAGAUCGCUCGCAUAUUUCUCUCAGUACGAUAAAAUCCGUCAGUUUAUAUCCAUGUUCUAAUUUUGAGUAUCUCUCGCGUAUUAUAACUUCAACAACUUUAAUAUUUAAUCAAUAUAGUAAAAAAAUUCUACAUUCAAGAGAUAUCGUUUAAUACGUGGCAUUUGUUAAAAAUUCAAACACGAUUGUAUUAUCGAAAUUACGGAAAUACGGAUUUUGUUAUAUCUGUUUGCAAAGGGAAGGACGUCACAGACGAUGUUGCCAUUGUGAGUCGUGUCAGUUAACGAUUAAAUGUAAGAUUACAACAAUAAAAUACAUAUAUCUUUUUUUUAA